UGGUUACGAUAAAAUCAGUUUUGGUUUCGGUUUCGAUUUCCAUAAAGACUGGCUGAGCGCAGUAGACCACCAAGAUAUCGCGAGAUCUCGCUAUCACUACUCAGCCAUGCCUUUAUUUUCUGACGGAGUUGGAACUGCAUAUCUGCAUAGCAUUUAUCAACCUCUAUAACGUGAUCAGCAGGUUUCGUUCAGGUGCAGGCAGUAACAAAUCCUCUGGUGGAAAUAUACAGAAUCUAUGCAUUUUGGAUUAUAUUUGUGGUAUAAAGAUAAACAGAUAAACAGUGAUGAUGCAGGAUAGGGACUGUCUAAAAAAACCAAGAGCAUAAACGCUCAGUUAUUCCAUCCUGAAGCUUCAUUCUAAUGAAUGAAUAAAUUAAUGAAUUAGGUAAUUAAUUAUGUAAUUAAAUAAUUAAUAAAUAAAACAAGCAAAUAGUGCACACUGAUGACUGCAAAAACACUUUAAAUGUUAGAUGGUGUAACAAUAGCCUAGAUAAUAUAUAUUUUUAAGCAUAAUAACAUACAUUUUGGGAAAAACCCAUAAUAUAUGCACAAUUUAAUGCCAAAUCCAAAAGGAAUGUAAAACUAAAAGCAGUCUUCAAAUGAGCGACAGAGUGGGCGUGGUCCAGAUGUGUCUAGUUCGAAGCUGUCAAUGAUAAUAAUUAUUGGGGAUAGCAUUCUCUUUUAUCUGCCUAAAAAUAUCUAACUGCUAAAUGAGGGGUGCUGUGCAACGUCCCUUUUAUGGCGGUGAGCUGCAGGUUGAGCUUCUUCCUUCUUUGGCUUCUUGAUUGCAGAUUCAGCGAAUAGAUGAUCCUUGUUACUGAAGGAGAAUGAUCUGAUGAAUGGUGCUCCGAGCUGACUUAUAUAGUGUUCAGCUCUGCCCUUUCUGGCUGGCUAAAACACCAUUGGUUUUUGCAGCUGCACAAACGUGAACAAAACAAUCUUCAGUACAUAGUAAAACUCGAGUUUUCCCAAAUGUGUUCCAUGCAACGGGAGAGACCGUUCGAAAGGCAACUACACAUCUUAUGUAGACUGGCUAUAGAGAAACUAAAGUAAUGUACAAUAUGUUGAAUAAUGCAGAUUUCUUUUUUCACCAUAUUAUUUAUUUUUACAAUCACUUUAUUACAAUGUGGAAAAUAUAGCAAGUUCUGAAAUAAGUUGUUGACUGACCUCUGUCUGUUUUUUUUUUAUUAUUAUUACAAUCUUUUUACAUCAAGGGUGACUAUUAUGAGGCUGUUUACAACAACAUGGACAAGUACAAUUUAUAUGAAAAUGUCUGAUGAUAACGAACAAAACAAAAUAUGUCCAGCAGCGUAUUUGUCUGUAGCAUGUAUUGACUUUAUCAAUGUUUUCCAGCAUGUAUGUGUGAGAACAUAAAGAUUAAGGAGAUGGGUCUAUAAACCUAAAUUUAAAUAUUUAAUUAAAUCUUCAUUAAUCCAUUCAGGGCUUUAAGUAAUCAGCAACAUAUUAAAAUGUAUAAGAUGUUUAAUAAGCAACCAAUGCAGUGUUAACGGAACCAAGCUAAUGUCUCAAUAAUUGUAGCUGCUGCAUAUUGGAUUGAGCCGUAGUUUGUUUAUAAAGGGAAACUACUCAGUAAAGCAUUUUAAUUAUCUAGCCUUGAAUUCAUUAAUUUAAUUUACAUUUGACAUUAAAAGCAUUUGUCAUAAUUAAAAACCCCUUUUUUUUUGUAAAAUGGAAAUGUGGAUUUACAAUCACUGUAAAGCUGCUUUAAAGCAAUCUGUGUUGAAUUAACUGAAUUGGUUAAGAUUUGUCUUUGCACGUUGAACAGAAAACAUAAUAAAAUUCACAGCAUCACACAUUCUAGUGUAACAGAGGCCAGCUACUAAGAGCAGUGCGGUUAAACCCCACUUCCCUGAUCUCAAGAAGCACACUAGUGACCAAGGCUCGAGGCUGCAGUCUUUAGCAGCCUUGUUAGCGCACCUAACUUCCAUGCCAGAAACGCCUGUACAAAUUAGAUUAUCUCAAUGUGUAUGAAAAGUUCUUAUGAGUCAAACAAGGAUUUUUGUUUUAAUGUUCAAAAUAAAUAUACAGAAGAUUGCAAAAUCUGAAAUAUAGUCAGUCAUUUUUUUUUCUUUUUUUUUUUUUGUAACAUGUAUUGACUUUAUUGAUUGUAUUAAAGUUGUUUCUAUAUGCAUCACAUGCUUUAUAUCACCCAUAACUAAUCUGCAUUUGUUCCAGGCAUUAAUAGACCAAAGUAUGCUGUGGUAUGUGUUGAUGCCAGUAUCUUUUCAUAGCUGUUAACUUCCGCUGCACUCAGAGACAGCAACCAGCACUGCUUGCUUGCACUGACUUUAGAAUUUUGACUGAAUUUGCCAGAGAAGAAACACAACAGUCAAUCACAUUUACCACAUUUCCCUGAUCACCAAAACACAGAUUUCUUUCCAAAAUUUCCAUUACAUUUUUAAUUGACUAUGAUUCUGUUCAAACUUGUUUUUAAAAUAAAGGUCAAAGGUCAGCUACAGUUUAUUCAUAAUAUAAGUGCAUUUUCCCCCAGAAACCAGCAAAUCUGUAGAAUAUGUAGUACUGCAGCAAAAAGUAAAAUUGUGCUGUUGUAUAUAUUUCUGCAAAUUUGUUUGUCAUUAACGUUUGAAAGUAUAUUGCUUGUGACUCAACAGACUGUGAUGAAACCAAAUGUUAUCAGAAAUAAUCAUCUUUGUAAAAAGGAAAAGAAAAUGUCUAAUCCUAUUUGGGCACAAUAAAAAGUUCAGAUUUAAUUACUAACUGUUUUAUACGUUAAAUUCAGUUUGACGUUUUGUAUAUUGUUUUUAAAUGAACCACUUGUGUAUUAUGAUGUUAGUAAACUCAAUUGUCAGAGUCACAAAUUGUGGCGUUCAUGUCAGGAAAUACUAUUUUUGAUUGUGGUGUCACAGCACAAGCGCCUUGAUAUGAUGAGCUAUAACAAGAUCAAGAAAUAUUUUUCAUCUUGCUGUGUGUGGAGGACACUUUUCUGAAAAAUAUUCUUCUCCUUUCUCUCACUUCUCAUAUUUUGCUCUCCUUGGUAAAAGGUUCUUAUCCUUCCUUCUACAGAGGACAACUGGGAAGGAACAUGAAAGCACCACUUCUACUUCAUUUACUUUUCCAAGCUGUUCUGCUCUAUGAUGCUUUGGGAUGGGAAGUGAGAAUGCCGAAAGAUAUUCAUGGUCUCCAAGGUUCCUGUCUGGUCAUACCAUGUUCUUUCAGCUACACAUCAAACCCACCCAAAAACCCACAUAGAGUUGUGUGGUAUCAGUGGGUCUCUAGAGGUUAUCCUUUAGUUUACGAUCCUCGGCAUCCAGACAGUGUCAUCGACAUGUUCAGAGGAAAAACUGAUUUAUAUAGUAGCUCAAGUAGGGAUUGCAGUCUGCUGAUCAAAAACCUGGAAUGGUCCCACCAUGAAGAAAAAUUAUAUGCAUGGAUCGACCCUGAAAACAUUGGGUAUAGGACCUACAAAUUUUAUGAUGUCACUUCUACAAUCCUUGUCAAAGCAAGUCCACAGCAACCUAGCAUCAAAGUUUUUGGAGGUGAAAAGACAGGUGACGCCAUCACAGUAGUAUGUUCAACUCUCCACACAUGUCCAUACAGCAAACCAACCAUCACUCUGAACGGUAUAGAAGGAUCUGAUCAAAUAGACAAUGAGCAUAUUAAAGAUGGUCUGUGGAAAAGCACUCUGACACGCACAGGUGUCAUAAAGACAGUAUAUUUGAUUAUUCAGUGUUCAGUAACACAUUAUGGUGGAAAAAUUGUAACAGCUACAAAAGAUAAAAGUGCUAAAUGUGUUCAUCAUAACAUAUCGAUUGAGCCUGAACUGGCAGAUGUCACCGAGGGCAUCGCAAAGAACUUCACUUGUAGCGUCUACCAUUCCUGCCAGAACACUCUAAAAACGGCUGGGUUAUUUUUUAACCCAAAAUGCUGGGUUGAGUCUGUUGGGUCAUUUUGUUGGGUUAUUUAAUUUCUUUUUAAACACUUUUGGGUAGUUUCAAUUUACCAGGUGUUGGGUUAAACCUGCUGGGUUGCGUCGCUGGGUUGUUUCAGGCCAGCGCUGGGUUAUUUAACGCGCCUUGAAGAUGUUUAAAUCGCUCCCCAACUGUCACUUUGGAAGAACAACGGGGCAAAGCCACGGCUUUCAACUGUUUUAAGGUAAGUUUAUUUAAUGUUUUCAAUAAUAAUUAUUUUAAAUUGGCAGAAUUAUAACUUUUUUUUGCAGCAACAAUACUGUUAAACGUCUACAGGCCAACAUUAUUUACGUUAAAUGAUGAACUGUUUACCUCAAACGGCCAACCUACGUUACGCG